UCUAAACACAGCGCUGCCAACUCCUUGAAAAUAGACAGAAAAUGCAUCUUGAAGAUUAAGAUACACACAACAAUCCAUAGCCCUGAAUACAGCGAAGAAAAGCGUUCGCAACCCAUCCGUCCGGUAUUCAAUAUGUUGUCGGUUCUGCGAAAUACCUCGGAGGCCGUUGCAGUUCUCGCUUCUGUGGGACUCGGACUGGUUUUGCUCAUGUUUGUGGCCGCCACGCCGCCAGCCGUCGAAGCCACCCAGUCGGGCAUUUACAUAGACAAUGGCAGGGAUCAGACAAUUAUGCACAGGGUGCUAAGCGAGGACGACAAGCUCGAUGUUUCCUAUGAGAUCCUUGAGUUCCUGGGCAUCGCCGAACGUCCCACGCACCUGAGCAGCCAUCAGUUGUCGCUGAGAAAGUCGGCUCCAAAGUUUCUGCUGGAUGUCUAUCAUCGCAUCACGGCUGAGGAGGGCCUCAGCGAUCAUGACCAUCAAGCCGAUGAUGACGAAGAUUCCUAUGAGCGUGGCCAUCGCGCCAGGAGAAGCGCAGAUCUCGAGGAGGAUGAGGACGAUCAGCAGAAGAACUUCAUCACCGACCUGGACAAGCGGGCCAUCGACGAGAGCGACAUCAUCAUGACCUUCCUGAACAAGCGCCACCACAACGUGGACGAACUGCGUCAUGAGCACGGCCGGCGGCUGUGGUUCGAUGUCUCCAAGGUGCCGAACGACAACUACCUGGUGAUGGCUGAGCUGCGCAUCUAUCAGAAUGCCAACGAGGGCAAGUGGCUGACCGCCAACAGGGAGUUCACCAUCACGGUGUAUGCCAUUGGAACGGGAACGCUGGGCCAGCACACCAUGGAGCCGCUGUCGUCGGUGAACACAACGGGUGACUACGUGGGCUGGCUGGAGCUCAAUGUGACCGAGGGCCUGCAUGAGUGGCUGGCCAAGACGAAGGAGAACCACGGCAUCUACAUUGGAGCACAUGCCGUAAAUCGACCUGACCGCGAGGUCAAGCUGGACGACAUUGGCCUGAUUCACCGCAAGGUGGACGACGAGUUCCAGCCCUUCAUGAUUGGCUUCUUCCGGGGACCGGAGCUAAUCAAGGCGACGGCACACAGCAGUCAUCACAGGAGCAAGCGAAGUGCCAGCCAUCCGCGCAAGCGCAAGAAGUCGGUCUCGCCCAACACCGUUCCCCUCCUGGAGCCGUUGGAGAGCACGCGCAGCUGCCAGAUGCAGACCCUCUACAUAGACUUCAAGGAUCUGGGCUGGCACGACUGGAUCAUCGCUCCGGAGGGCUACGGGGCCUUCUACUGCAGCGGCGAGUGCAAUUUCCCGCUCAACGCGCACAUGAACGCCACAAACCAUGCGAUCGUCCAGACUCUGGUCCACCUGCUCGAGCCCAAGAAGGUACCGAAACCCUGCUGUGCUCCGACCAGGCUGGGAGCACUCCCCGUUCUCUAUCACCUGAACGACGAGAACGUGAACCUGAAAAAGUAUAGAAACAUGAUUGUGAAAUCCUGCGGGUGCCAUUGAAUUCAAUUUACCACUUAGGCUAAGCAAUAUAAAGCAUUUCUGUGUAGAUGUCCAUCUCGAUGUACUAAUCUCGAAUAUUUUUUAUAGAAAUAUACAGCGCUGUACCUAACUGAAA